AUGUUGUUGCCAGUCGCCGUGACAGCAGGACUCAGUCCUGUUAGUCCUAUUACUCCCAUCUCCGAGGAAGAUGAAGAUAUCUAUGUCUCGGAUCUUUCAGUUCACACCGAACAAUCGGCAACCCCGGUGGUGCCGGUGCAUCCAAUCCCCCAGCUUCAAGGUCCCUUUGAAGAGUCGAUCUCUGAAACAAGUGCAGUAACAAGAAGUUACUGGGUAGUCGAUAUAGAUGCACAGACACGGCGUCGCGACUUAUUGGAAAAUGACGAAUAUGAACGGUUGUGUGGUCGCAAAUGGCGCCAAAGAUCCUCUGAACAAUAUCAUCCAUUUUGGAAGCUGGCCUCCCAGUUGGUGUUUGGUGUUCAUCUCCUUGCCAAGCAACUUGCAAUCUCAGAACCGCAAGUGAUGAAGAUUCUCCAAACACAUGUGAAUGAAAUGGAUGGUUUCUUACAAAGAACCACCGAAGAUUUUUUGAUGAUUCAUCUAGAUGUCCGUACCAGGAUUCAAUACCUGAAUCUCCCAUUGGAGAACCUGGAUGUCUUCGAUCAAAUGCUGGAGGAUCGAAACUUCCGUCUAUCCUUGAUCUCUUAUAACGAUCAAAUUGAACAUGCCGUCGACCGAUUCACUCUCGCUAUCACCGACGCCAUCCGGGACCUUCUGAAGGGCAAAGAAGCAAUCAGUGUCCUGUGGCACUAUCUGAUUCAACUUUCCAGCGAUGGCUGUUUCGAGUCCUACCGUCUCAAAGCAUUCUACCAAGCCAUGAUGGAUAACCUAGAAGGUUGGCUCGAAGCCUUUUCCAAACUUCGUCGACGUGGUGCAGCACUUCAACGGGCGCUGGGUCAGCUUGCAUUUGCAGUAACAGAGAUGCAGAGACGAGUGGGAGUAGCAAGCAGGAAAGAUGCACGCUUAUUGAUGAAGACUAAUAAAGAGCCAGCUCGCAAGAAAUCCCUCAAAUUGAAGCUAUGCAUGAAGGGAUCGUCCAGCACCAACACCACCACGCCAGGCUCCAAAAAAGCUUCCUCUAACAAACCACUCCCGCGUGAUCCUUUCCUAAACCAAACCAAGUCACAAUCGAGGCAGGCAGGUGAUACAGAAGAGACAGAAAGGGUCAAUGUGGGUCAAAGCACUACCAAUGCUACCAAGCGUGAAAGUAACAUACCCAGGGCCCUGAGUCGCGCAAAGUCAUGUAGUGCACUGGCAAUGGACUCUAGCUCUAGUGCUACUCCCCCGAUCCCUGCCACGCCUCGCGUACCUGGAAGGUUAAGCAGAAAGCUAUCCAAGCCCUUCCUCCCGAAGAGAUCUGCCAGUGACGGUGAAAAGACUGAUCCUAAACAGAAUCGACCUGCCACGGCCCCUGCUCGGACCCUGAAAUCGCGGAGUGCGUCGAUCGAACAACUCAAAGCUCUCUGGGCUAACAAUCGCCCUGGGACUCAACAGUCCAUGACCAAGACACCAACCACACCCCGACGAGGACCCUCACAUCAGAAUUCAGAAAACGAGAAAUCCGAAUCCAUGAAGGAACAGAUCUCCCAGUUCUUGAAAACCGAUCGGGUAGUGGAGGCGUGGGACAGUAUGGCAGCGAAGACGGGGACGUGCGGGCGUACGAUAUCCAAAACGGCGAAGGAUUGGCCAUGUAGCAUAUUCCGAGCCAAAUCACCGAAUGCCUGGCGCGCUCGAGCUGGUGAUGGAACAGAUCUAUCUGGCACGGAUUUGGGACGACAAAUGUCAUGGGUACAAGAUGAACCAGAGGUUUUGAAUACCUAUUCAUUCAAACAGAGGCCUGAGAUGUCUCCACGGAUCCAUGUGCUUUCUGUGCAGAUGACCCUGGAUGAAGAGUUAAAUACGGAUGAAGACAUCAUCGAUGAGAUACCGAAUGUUAUUGGCGGCGACUCUGAUUCGAUCAUCACUGCACUUCCUGCUGUACCACCGUCUACACCAGCUACGAUUCCAUCUGUUGCUUCUGAGUACAGACCUCGAACUAUCGAAUGUGCUCAGGGGUGA